GAAUCAAACAGGUUCUAUGGCGCAGUCCACAACUCUUCCUGUCCGACCAGCUGCCAUUUCAGGAUUCCUCAGUUUCAACAAGAUGCCCCCGAAGCUUGUAAUUGCCGCCGAUGCUACCGAGGAGGACUUUGACCAGACGUUGAUGGACCACCUCGAGGAAGAGGGCUAUGACGUCAUAUAUCUACCGUACGAGGGCGGAGGGAAAGAGUAUGCCAAUGAGUUGAAGGCUCUGGGAGACGAUUUGGAGUUGGGAGAGACCUAUUCAUUAGUCGUAUUUGGAGUAGCCGCUGCAGAUGCAUUACAAGUACACCUCAAGCCCAUGCCAAAGCUAAACUCCCUGAUUGCGUAUUAUCCGCCGGUUCUCCCGCCCAAAAAUGCCAACUAUCCGCCCAGUCUCCCUGUGCUCAUCCAUCUUACCAAUCCGCACCCGCCUGUGACCAAUUGCAAAUCCUACACGUAUUAUCAUGUGCAGAAUGGGUUUGCAGAACAUAACAAGCCUCAAUUCGACGCUGUUUCGGCAAGUCUGGCAUGGAGUAGGACUCUGGGUCAAAUCCGGAAAGGAUUCAAGAUUGAGGUUGAUCUCGAGCGUGUCUGGGAAGGCCACCUAAACAAUGAAUUCCGCCAAAAGGAUGCCUCAUCUACCGUAGCUGCUAUGGUUCCUGACGCAUACGUUAACCACGUUCCCACCAUGACCGGCGGGAUCGGGACCGACGACUUAUUGCGCUUUUACCGGGAUUUCUUCGUGCAGGAUAAUCCACCAUCGCUCAAGUUCCGUCUCGUCUCGCGCACCACGGGCGUCGAUAGAAUAGUCGACGAAAUGGUCCUCUUAUUCGAUCAUACAGAAGAAAUGCCCUGGAUGCUGCCCGAAGUACCGCCCACGAAUAAACAUGUUGAGAUUGCGAUCGUCAGUAUUGUGUGUAUUCGUGGCGGGAAGCUAUAUCAUGAGCAUGUAUAUUGGGAUCAAGCCAGUGUGUUAUUACAGAUUGGAUUGCUGGAUCCGAAUCUAGGAAAGGGCGGAGUAGAGCGCCUGCCUGUCACGGGAGCGGAGUCGGCUAAAAAGGUUCUGGAUGCGCACAGUUACGAGAGCAACGAUUUGCUGGAAGACUGGUGGACCGACGAAGAGGAUGAAAGUGAAGAUGAAAGUGAAGAAGAAGAGGAUGAGGAGGACGAGGAUGAGGAUGAGAAAGAGGAUGGGGAAGAGGACGAGGAUGAGGAUGAUAAAGACGAAGAGGAUGAGGAAGAAAAGGAGGAAGAUGAGGAAGAUGAAAAUGGAGAUGAAGGGAGAAAAGAGGAGGGCAAGCAGUUGCAGGAUAAGGGUAAGGUGAAGGCGCAGGCGCAAGACCAGGACCAGGCGCGGCCAAACAAGGAACAGCAAAAGCAGAAGGCAAAUCAAUAACCCAAAAUAUAUAGAAAGCGUUUUAUAUUUUUCCUGCUCGUUUCCUUGCGCUGGAUAUCCCCAUUCGGUUUUGCAGACGUACUUUAAAUAGUUUUUUAUCUGAGCC